CUUGGCGUUUGCGUUAGCAAAGACCAACUACAAAAAUGGCGUCGAUCGACAAUGGGAUUGGUGAAUCGGAGCCAUAUACGCCCAAGAAUAUCCUAAUUACUGGGGGAGCAGGGUUCAUUGCUUCUCAUGUCGUUAUACGCAUUGCAACGCGGUACCCGGAGUACAAGGUGGUCGUUCUGGACAAGCUGGACUACUGCGCCAGCGUGAAUAACCUUUCAUGCUUGGCCGACAAACCAAAUUUUCGGCUUAUUAAAGGCGAUAUUCAAUCUAUGGAUUUGAUCAGCUAUAUUUUGAAGACGGAGGAAAUUGACACCGUCAUGCACUUCGCAGCACAGACGCACGUUGACAACUCCUUUGGCAACAGCCUUGCGUUUACCCUUAACAACACUUACGGCACGCAUGUGUUGCUAGAAGCGAGCCGCAUGGCAGGGACGAUCCGUCGUUUCAUAAAUGUUAGCACUGAUGAGGUGUAUGGGGAGACAAGCCUGGGCAAAACAACAGGCCUUGUGGAGUCAAGCCAUCUGGACCCCACCAACCCCUACUCGGCCGCCAAGGCCGGCGCCGAGCUUAUUGCCCGCGCUUACAUCACCUCAUACAAAAUGCCCGUCAUCAUCACGCGGGGCAACAACGUGUAUGGGCCACAUCAGUUCCCGGAGAAGCUCAUUCCCAAGUUCACGCUGCUAGCAGCCCGGGGCAAGGAGCUUCCCCUGCACGGCGAUGGCAGCAGCGUGCGGUCGUAUCUCUAUGUUGAAGAUGUGGCGGAGGCGUUUGAUUGCGUGCUACACAAGGGCGUCACAGGGGAAACUUACAACAUCGGCACAGAUAGGGAGCGCAGCGUACUGGAGGUGGCGCGCGACAUUGCAAAGUUGUUCAACCUGCCGGAGGAUAAGGUGGUGUUUGUAAAGGACCGCGCCUUCAACGACCGGCGCUACUACAUCGGCUCGGCCAAACUGGCGGCACUGGGCUGGCAGGAGCGGACUAGCUGGGAGGAGGGCCUCAGAAAAACAGUUGAUUGGUACUUGGGCCUGAAGAACAUUGAGAACUACUGGGCAGGGGACAUCGAAAUGGCUCUCCGGCCGCACCCCAUUGUCGUUCAGAACGCCAUCACCACCUCGGGCGCCUUCCUAGCAAGCUAAGCCAGCCAAGCGCUGGUGGCUAGUGCGUAUGCUGGCGCGUUUUCACGCUAGUGCGCAUAAUAAGCAUGCAUGGGUAUUCUUCGGUUGAUUUGGCAUGUUGACCGUUUCUUGUGACGUCCGGAUUACUAUACUACCGCCUGUUGUGACAGCUCUGCUGGCUUCGUCAGCAGGCCGCUGAACCAGCCCUACGGAUUUAGCAUGUCCCAAGCUCCCGACUGCUCCCAUUAAAUGUCUUCAUGUCGACCUGUAGGGUGCCCCAGCAGGGGCCUCAUAUACGUACGGUUGAGUCAAAGGGGUUUGGCGUUCGGGCCAUCUUCGGGGCAUGGGGUCGGAAUUCCCCAUGUACUGGCUCACGAGUGACCACUUCGAAGAUCGAUGUGCUCUGUAAGUCGCGCCAGAUGUUGGGCAAGCGUUUUAGGGUCCCUCGUGUGGCUGCUUGGCCAGCGUGUCAACCAAACCGCGCGACUCACGGGCUCGGCGGGUCUCGCCGUUAGCUGGUUGGUGUACCUGUGCUAUAGAUCCGUCGUUAAGGUGGUGUGGUGAAACCCUUUGCUCGCUGUGCACAUAUGCGGAGAUCUAUAUGCGAGAAACUGGAACAUGUCUGUUUGUCAGCCCUGGGGUGUUUGAAAGGUGCUUGUUAGAUGGCGGUUUGUCUGAUGCAGUGGUUUCAUACAGGAAACCUGUGUUGACUUCGCAUCAUCGCAAUGGCAGGCGUGCGUGUGAAUUAGAGCAAUAAUCGAAAUAGUGAACCUGACGAAGAAUAUAUGGUUGUUGGGGUCGGAGAAGUGCAGGUUCUGCCGAUUGCCGGGUGUCUGGAACGUGUACUGGAGUGAUGGUAAAUUACCUUCAAUGGUACUGUGGGCUGUGCUCUUAUCAGGGAGAUGUUGCCAGCCGUGGAAGCCGUGGUGUAGGAGUUUGAUUGAUCACAUGCGCUACGAUUGUCGCCGAUGCCAGUAAACCUUUUUGGAGCUGUCUCGCUGCAUGCUUCAAGUACGCACCCAUCCAUGACAUCCGUGUUUUUAUCAAGACCGAAUCGUCACGAAGCUCUGCACACCUAAAGUGUGGGCGUGCAAAACCCCGUGAGAGUAAUCAUCUACUAAAAUGCAACUACUGGUUUAACAAUUAGCUUAACAUGGUUAAGCCCAGUUUCCUCCCGGAUCCUGGCAGUGUAAGAAUGUGCGAAUUGCAAA